UUUUUUUUUUCUUUUUUUUCCUUCUUUCUUUCUUUUCAUCCUUACACUCUAAAUAUAUAUAUAUAUAAAGCACUCUUUCUUUUUUUUUAUAUAUAUAUAUUUUAUUUUAUUUUCCUUUUCCGACCAUUGCUAACCACCACUACAAUAUUAUACAAUGGCAGCUAUGGCUCUGAAACGUAGAACACCUUCAUUAGGUACUUUACCUAGUGUACCUCCUGUGACAAUGAUGGAAACACCUUUACCAACUACUCCUUCUAUAUAUUCUACCACCAAAACGUUAUGUAAUAAUCCUUUGACACCUACAUCAAGUGGUUCACUUUAUCAUAUUUGUCGUGCUGUAUUGGAUCAAUUACCUAAUGUACCUGGUAUGAGAGAGUUUAUCGAAAUGGAAAAUAAUACAGCUUCUUCACCUACAACUAAUGAACCGCCUACAACUCCAACUUCUUUGAAAAGUGGUGGGGAUCCUUUAUCAAAAUUAUGGCAUAUCUGUCGUCGUGGUAGUUCUCUAUGUACUUUAUAUAACGCUCUCAAACCUGAACAUCCUCUCAAAGUUGACCAAAAUCCAUCUCUCAACUCUGUCAACGCAUGCAAAGCUAGUGUCUAUCAUUUUAUUGUCGCCUGCCGAAAAGAACUAUUAUUUCCUGAAGAUGAAAUGUUUACUAUUACUGAUCUUUAUCAAAAUGAUACCAAUGGAUUUGUCAAAGUUGUGAAUACUAUUCAGAAGAUCCUCAAUAUAUUGGAUGAGCGCGGUAUUAUUACAGUAAAAUCCCUUGAUGAAAAUGCUGAUGCAGAUGGUCCCAAAGAUACUCGCGAUAAGGUGGUUUUAGAAUUAUUGGAAACUGAACGAAAAUAUGUACAAGAUAUGGAAACUUUACAAAACUAUAUGCGUGAACUACAUGCUCAAAAGAUAUUACCUCCUGAUACCAUUCAUUAUUUAUUUGGUAACUUGAAUGCUUUGGUAGACUUCCAACGUAAGUUUUUGAUCCAAUUAGAAGAAAUUGCAGAAAAGCAACCUGAAGAACAACGAUUUGGCGCCCUGUUUGUUCAAAAUGAAGAAGCCUUUUCGGUGUAUGAACCUUAUUGCUCCAAUUAUUAUUCUGCUCAAGACUUGGUAGUGCAAGAAACGCCCAAACUGCAAAAAUUAGAACACAUCUUAAAUCCGACUUACCAAUUACCUUCUAUGCUUAUCAAACCUGUCCAACGUAUCUGCAAAUAUCCCUUGUUACAAAGUGAACUCAUCAAAAGCACAAACAAAGACUGGCCUUAUUUUGCUGAAAUGGAUGAUGGUCUGGAAUCUAUCAAACGUGUUACCGAAAAAGUUAAUGAAACUCAACGUCAACAUGAAAACAUUCAAGCCGUAGAAGAUUUGAAGAAACGUGUAGAUGAUUGGAAGGGAAUCAGUAUUGAUGGUUAUGGCAGCCUAUUACUUCAAGAAAAGAUCACAAUGACAAGUAAUGAUAACUCUAGGGAUCUCCAUGCUUUCUUCUUUGAAAAAGCGUUACUAUUCUGCAAGGAAACUCGUGAUUCUUCUCGCAAUCGAUUAACCAAAAGCAAUACUCUCUCUAUCAAAAAGAAACGUGCUGGUACAUUACAACCUAAAUAUUUGAUUCUGAUCAGUCGUAUCAUUGGUGUUCACAACAAGUCUCAACAAGGUGUAUGGACCUUAACAGUGGAAUACAAGGAUCGUGAAGUCGAAAGUUUCUCUGUACGUUACCGAAAUGAAGAACAAGUGAAAUUAUGGGAAACAACGCUCAGCAAAAUGACCAUGUUCAACAAAUCAAACGUACCAAAUACCCAUCUCAUGUCCAUGCCACCCACUCAAGGAGGUCAUAUUUCCUACUUUGAUGAUGAAGAUGAAGAGGAUGAUUUUGAAGAUGAAGAAGAUGAAGAAUACCAUCCAGCACGAUCUAGAAGCAAUUCCAUAUCAGCACAAUUACAUCAUGCAAGGUCAAAAAUGGGCCUUAGUGGCGGCAAUAAUGGUGAAGGAUCAAGUAGUGGCAAUAAAACAAGUCCUCGUAUCUAUGCUACAACUCCUGGUAUGAAUUUAUCACCUUUACCUCGAAGCAGCUCCAGUGUGACAACAAAUAACAAUGGUGAAUCCAGCACAGAUCAUGGUCUUUAUCCGGCAUCACCACCACCUUCAAAACCCUCGUCUCCUACUACUCCUCGAGUUGUAUCAUCAUCAUCGUCAUCAUCAUCAGCUUCACCAUUACAUCACCCACAAAACACCAGCGGUAAUAGUAACAAAUCUUCAGCUAUAUGGCAACGACAAACUCAUGAAGAUGGUGCUUAUCUAACAGAUGCUGCUACCAAGUUUAUGACUGAAGACACACCCAAAGGACGAAGCUUCUCUCAAUCCGCAGCUAGUUAUUCAUCAACAGGAAUGAGUGCGUCAGCAGCAGCAGCAUUACAAACAAGAGUAAGAUCCCAAAGUAGUCCCAACAUUCACAAAAAUGGUCCUCACCAAUGGGAUGAUUUACCUCAAGUACCUAUCAAUUCUCGUACGUAUUAUCAACAACAACAACAACAACAGCAAUCUCCUCCUUUGACAUCCAUACCAACUAGCAGUGGAUCUCCUAUUACUAUGGAUACUUUGAAGAUCAAGCUAAGUUAUAACGAUGGAAUCUAUGUGAUUGUUUGUCCUGUGGAUAUUAGAUUUACGGACCUGAUGGAAAAAGUGGAAAAGAAGAUCAAAUUGGUGGCCAACUUACAACCCAACGAUAUCCUUCGAUUAAAGUACCAAGAUGAAGAUGAAGACUUUAUUACAAUCAAUUCUGAUGAUGAUGUACAAAUGGCCUUUGAAAGUCGUGGUGCAAGUAGUACUGUCAACUUAUUUGUUAGUCAUUAGAUGUUAGGUAUUUAUAUUUGUGUUAUAGAAUCUCUUUUCCCAACUCCCUCUUUUUUCAUUGUUAUAUUCAUUAUCAUUAGCAUUAUUAUUACUAUCGUUUUUAUCUUCUUAGUUUAUAUAGGAUCACCCUUUAUUCAUUCUUUUUUUUUUCCUUCCUUUUAUCUCCAUUCCAUUCAUUCAUACUUAUUUUGUGAUACCGUCCCCUUUCCUUUUUAUUUCUUUUCCUUUAUUACUGCAUUUAUUAUGAUUUUUAGUCUUUUUUUUUUUU